UAAUUACACCGAUACUGUAGCUCCACCCAAACGUAUCAGAGCCGCCUUCCAGUCUAUCCAGGGGUGGUUAUACAGUAUAAAUAUAUCUGAUAACCACUCGAGACACAAAAAGCAGGCAGUUCUCUGAUAACUUUAAGGGACUUUGUGACAAUGGACCAGGAACAGAUGGUUCUUGGAGGAUGGGGCGCGCCAGAGGAGGCCACUGAGGAAACUCAGAUUAUUUGUGAUAAGGUGAAGACCAAAAUAGAGGAAAAGACAAACGCGAAAUAUGAGGUCUACAAACUAGUUAAAUUCAGGAGUCAGACUGUCGCUGGAAGAAAAUUCCGCUUCAAGCUUCAUGUUGGAGGAGUGAAUUACAUCCAUGUGGAAGUCUACCAAAACAUACAAGGAGAGCUUCGGCUAGAGAAGACUCAUGUGGACAAAACCGAAGACGACGCCCUCUAAACUGAUCACACCCUGUUUCAAAAGUAAAAUACUUCCUUCAUUCUGAAAUAAAGGAAGCCUUGUCUUAUUGUGUGUUACUUCACAGCUGUUCUGGAGGCAGGGAAUGUAUUUCAUAUACUUCUGAGAUUACAAAUGUCUGAGGAAAGUAUAAAAUCUAGCCAAAGAGGAAAUACAUCGACAGUGACUGCAGUACUGUU